UUCUGCGGUCGCAUAUGGGCAGGCGGUUGAGCGAACGAGCAGUCUGGAGGGAAAAAGACUAUGCAUGCCACGCCGCCGUUGGGAGCCCGUCGGCGUGCCACUUUUUUGUUUUUGCCCAAGUGCCUGGUGCUUCGCCGACAACAGCUCGCCGUUGGUUUCCGCACGGCGGCGUGUCUUCGAUACUGCUUGUUGCUCUCCCAGAGUGGGUGUAGGUGGCUCCACCCUCAUCCGCCGAUUCGGCGUGGGGCUGAUCGUCGACGUAGAGCGCGGGCUGGUGCUCACGGACCGGUACACGGUGCCACAGCCCCUGGCGGUCGUAGAGCUCACGUUCGCGCAGAUCGUGACCACGGACGCGGUCUGCCUGUUCGUGCACCCCCAGCACAACCUUGUGCUGCUGCGCUACGAUCCCGCCGCCGUCCGAGAGCUCCCCGUCCGCGCGGUGGACUUCUCCGCGGCGGGCGGCGACGGGGCGGAGGCUGAGGAACUCAACAUCGGCGAGGUGCUCCACUUCGUGUCCCUCCACGGCGACCACCGGCUGAGCGCCAAGCGCGUCACCGUGGGCAGCAUCUACCUCAAGGCCUGGGCGUUCGCGGAGCCGCCAGCGUACCGGGAGCGGAACCUCGAGAUCUGCAACCUGAACGACACGCUGCAAGGCCUCGGCGGGCUGCUGGUGCCCUCGGAGGGCGGCGCCGGCGGCGUGCGCGCCUGGUUCGCGCAGUUCCCGGCAGGGAAGAAGCACUACCUGGCGGGCGUGCCCAUCACGGUGCUGACCGGGCUGCUCCGGCCGCUGGGCCUCCUGGGCGGCAGCCCCGGGGCUGGGCCUGGCCCCGCCGGCGGCAUCGCCAGCGUGACUGGCCCGGCUGCCCUGUUCGACGCGCAGGUGCCCGCGAUCGACGUCGAGUUCGAGGAGCUCUCCCUGGCGAAGGCCAGGCGCUAUCACGGCAUGUCGUUGGAGAGCACUCGCGAGCUGGCCGCGAGCUGCUCGGAUGGCCGCCGCCAGGUCCUGAUGGUGUCCCGUGUGACUUCGGGCGGCGCCUGCGACGGGCCCCUCGCGGAGGGCGACGUGGUGCUGAGGGUGGGGGGCAGGCCUGUCACGAGGCCGCAGGAGGUGGAGCGCCUGAUGCAGCAAGCGCACCCCGACAAGAACGGCGGCGCGGUGGUCUGGAAAUUGCUGCGGUCGAAGGUGCAGCAGGAGGCCCUGGUGCAGCCCAGCUGGCGGCGCUCCGACGGCACCUGCCGGCUGCUGGUCUUCCAGGGUGUCGUGCUCCGUCACACGCCGCGGGCGGUCGCGGAGCGGGGCGGCCCGGUGCGGGCGCACACGAGGCUUCCGCGGGACCAGGAUGAGGCCGACGAGAUCUUCGCCCAGGAGCUCCAGCACGCCCCGCCCGACAGCCGGCCCGGGGCCCAGCAGCCGCCGCAGCGGUCCGAGGCGGAGGAGCUGCGCGUCCUCACGCUCAGGCUCCGCCAGCUCCCGCGCGAGGAUCUGCUGCGGCUCUACCGGGGCGAGUUCCAGUGGGAGAAUUUGGCGAGGCAGCUCGAUCAGGCCGCCGCCGCCGCGGCCGCCCGGGAGGCCCGGGCGGCCCAGGGGCCGCCGCGGGCGGCGCCGCCGUAG